CUUUCGCACCUUUCCUCGCUGCAUAACCACGGAAUGUUUUCCUUUGUGGCUCUCGCCGCCUUCGCCGGUGCGCUCAGCGUCUCUGCACAGGUGAUCUCGCCCUAUCCCGACGGGCCGACAGUCGACAGCUGCGAGUCGCUUAAGGGGUCGUGCAACGCGUCCACGAUCGACGUCAACAAUGUUUGGAACUACCCAUCGUGCGCCCUCUUUGCGAUCUGCAGCACGUGGGACUACGAUGUCGUCGAUUCGCUCGCGUCUAUCGGUGCACCACACACCCAGCCAAGGAUGCCCGAGUCGACGUUCAACAAUAUCACAAACGGCGCCGAUAUUCUCACGCAGCAGAGUUAUGUGGAUGCGUACCACUACCAGAUUUCCGUUACACCGGGUGCUACGAACGCAACAAGCGACGAUUACCUUGUUGGCCAGUACCAGUACCUCGCUGCUUGGACUGGCUUCUGCGGUCAAGAUGGUAUCCCCUACCAGAACUUCGCUGACUUCUUCCAAUACGAAUCCACCCCAGGUGUCUGCCCCGCUGUUCAGUCCUGCGAUGCAAGCAUCAAUGCCGGCGCGGAGCCAUGCGUUCCCCAGCCGAUCACGGACAAUGGCUCGUGCGCCGAAGUUGUCAACGAGUGCACGAACUUCAUCCAGAACGGGCUUUUCCAGAGCACGUACUGCGUCCUCGCGAGCAUGUGCUACGCCGAGAGCGACACCGACGUGUUGAUUAAUAACAUGUACCCAUCAUACAUCACCGGAAGCCUGCGCCCGACGACGGCCACUGAAGCGCGCCUGAGCAUCGAUGUUUUCCAUAACAUGACUGGUGGCUCGGAUACAAUGGGUCUGCAGAACGCUAUUGAUGCGUACUAUGGCGCGUUGACCAACACCUGGCAACCCGAGGGACCCUUCCUCGCCGGCGCUGGUUACCAGACCAACAACAACGGCCCCUACCCGACCUCGGCCGACUAUGUCGAGAAUUUCUGGUCCAUCAUCGCCGCCUGGACUGGAUUCUGCGACACGCUCGAGAUCCCGUACAACAACCUUGCUGACUACCUCUCGUAUGCUGUGUACAGCAACUACCACCCCACGUGUUAGUUGUAUUCUCCGGGGUAAAUUUCUAAUGACUUUACAUAAUUUGGACUGGUUGAUAAAGUAGCCUUACCGCCCGCUCAGUACUUGUUUGGACGUUUAAGUAAUGGACUCUCUCAUGGGCUGAUUUACGAUAUAUACUGCAUGGACUGUACUUUGAAAUAUUGAGCAAUGUAUAAUGAAAAGUAGCGACAAGAGGUCUUUU